GUUUUGAAGUGACACGAACCCUCGCCCCGCAGAAAGAUGGCGGCGGCAACGGUUUCCGGUUGGGUACACGGUGCCGAGCUGCCUCUCCCAGAUGGGCUCUCAUUCACACUUCGUGAGGCGCUGCUCAAGGUUCUGGAAAAUCGGCCCGAAGACCCCGUCUCCUUCCUGGGUGAAUACUUCCAAAACCUAGCGGUGGCUUCCGAAGGAACAGCAGAGAAACCGGUUCCGAGGCAGCAGGAGGAGCAGAUUUCCAGUGCCUUUAAACAGCUACUGCUCUGUCACUACAGCAGACCGGCCUUCAGCAGGAAUACAGCCCUGGCUUUCCAGAUGCUAAGCUACCCCACGAACAAGAGGAAAAAGCCUGGUCUCAAGGGCAGAGUUUACACUGAGCUCUUGAGGCAGAUUUGUGGAAGUGCGGGCACUCCCUCCUGCUCCCUGAUCCAGAAAUUGCGAUGCUGGGACCAUGAGGCAGUUCCUUUCAGCAUCUUCAGACACGGAGUGCUCACUUGCUUUGUCUUCCUGGACUUUGUGAAGAUUUCCGGGAGGCUGUUUGAGGUGGUGGCAGAGUCUGGAGAGGCCAGUCGGACAGUGUGCCAGGCCCUGCUCGAGGCUCUGCAGGAUGCUCUGAGUGUUAGCGGGUCAGCCAGUGGCAAUGGGUGCCUGGGCGCUGCCUCAAAACUCAGCCCUGACCAGCUUGGGAUGACCAUGGAGCAGGCAAUGAGGCUACGGAGAAAUGAAACCACCCCACCAAUGACACAGGAGGAGUUCACUCAGCUCACUGCACCUCUCUUUAUCCAGAGAGUGAAGCCCAUGUGUUGACUGAAUAGAAGCAGGCAGCAAUCUCAUUCAGACAUGAUGGCACCAGAUCCCUGCAUGCUUCCCCUCAGCCAGUGCUGCAUGAUGCUGGCAUAUCGUUGCCUGGCUCGACACAGUGUAUCGUCCACCUUGAGGCAAACUCCACGCUCACACACCCUCUGCCAUCCUUUCUCUUGUCCACGCUGUGCCUGAUUAUUUCUUGCCUAGGCUGGUGCCUUAUCCCCAUCCUAGUUCUUCAAGCACACCUGCCAAAUUAAUCUUCUGGUCGUAAUGCCUGACUUGUAAAGAUGUGCUUCGUAUACCCAAAGACUUGGCCUCCACACCUGUCCAUGGCAAUGAGUUCCACAGAAUAGCCAGCCUCUGACUAAAGAAAUUCCUCUUCAUCUCUGAUCUAAAGGGAUAUCUUUGCAUUUUGGUCCUAGACUCCCCCACUAUAGGAAACAUGCUCUCCAUAUCCAUUGUGUCUAGGCCUUUCAAUAUUCAAUAGGUUUCACUGAAAUCCCCCACAUUCUUCUAAACUCUAAAUAAGUACAGGACCAGAGCCCUCAAAUGCUCCUCACACCUUAACCCUUUCAUUCCCAGAGUUAUUUUUGUGAACUUCCUCUGGACGCCUUCCAGUUCCAUCACAUCUUUUCUCAGAUAAGGGACCCAAAACUGCCAUAUUCCAAGUGCGGUCUGACCAACGCCUUAUAAAGCCUCAGCAUAACAUCCUUGAGUGAGUAUAUUUUAAGUGAGUUCUAUACACACAAAUAUGCUGGCUGGUGAUGUGGUGGUAUCAGCACCGGCCUCUGAGGCGAGUGGCCCCAGGUUUGAAACCAGCCGGCUCCUUGCACGCUUUCCAUCCAUGCUGGGUUGAGCGCCUCGCAACUCAGCCUUGUUAAAAAGCAAGUUAAAUGCUACAGAUGUGGAAAAAAUGCCUCCCAAUGCACCAUAAGUCGUGAAAAGGAACAACAAUACAGAUAAAUUCCUCAACCCAAUGCCAUUGAUAGGAACCAAUUUCAAAACUGCCCCUGAUCUAGUUGGACUGGAUAGGAGCUGGGAGCAGAAAGCCUCCUCAAUGUGAGGAAACACUGUCUCAUAUGAUUUUCUUCCAUUCCGAGGCAUUCUGCCUGUACAGGUGCAUCACAGUGAUAUAACCUUGUGAACAUGACCACAUGAAAGCAAGUUACUAAACUGCAGGAGGCACCUUGAUUGUCUGCCUGGAGAUUUAGAUCAAGGAUUGUUGAUUGGUUGUAACUUGUUUUAUACCAGUGUUGCAUAAAGGACUCUUGCGUAUUGCGAGAUUAAAUUAAACAAAUGCUA